AAAUAAGUAGUAUAUGGGGCAAGUAUGUGAUCUCAGAUAGAUCUAUGGAUACAGAAAAGUAUCUUUCAAAUUGUCAGGAACGGUAUAGAUGAAAUUGCCAAAAGUGUUAAAUAAAUGUAAGAUAUUGUAAUUUUUAAUAGCUGAUCUUCAUUAUUAUUAGGAAGUUAUAAAAUUUCAGUUUAAAUUUAUAAUGAUAGUGUAAUUUAUUAAACAUUUUUUAUUAAGUAAAUGUAACGAAGCAAUAAUUUUGACUAAAUCCAAAAUUUCUUUAAGUCGUCUCUGUAUUGUUUUGACAAAAUGAGCAGUCGCAGGUUUACUUUUGGAGGAUGUAGUUUUCGUUCUAUACGAACCUGAAGUCAUUGGAAAUGUACGAAAAGUGUAAUGGCGGACUGCAAAAAUGUGGAUAAUGAACAUGAAAAAGCUAUUAAAAAUGAAGUGAAAUUUCUAAUUAAUAUAAAUUAUUUUCCAAGUGAUGUGUAAACAGAAUAAACCUACAAUGUGUUGUAUGUGAUAAGUGCCUGUCUUUCCUAAAUUUAACAUUUUUUUAUUUGGGUCUGAAAAUAUGGCCCCAUCUCCAGAAAACGACAAUGCACCCAAAGCUCCCGACAAAAUUGACAAGAAUAAAUCGGAAAGAGCUAUUACCUCAGAUAACAAUAAGGAUAAUGACAAAGACGAAAAGACGUUAUCAAAUUUGAACGACGGGGAACUGAAGGCACUCCUGGAUGAAGCAAUUAAUUAUAAAAACCCAAAGGAUAGAGAGGGCAAAAGUAAACUUUUUAAGGAUCUUCUUAAUCAAGCUGAAGAAACAGAACGGAUCGCCAGAGCAACGAGUGCUGGUGGAUCCGAAGAAGCCCGUCAUUACAAUCCUUCUGCUGCGCGCCGCCACCACGGUCGUCACGGCGCAGGCGCCGACGGCAGCGGGGGCGGCGGGCAACACGGAGGCCGGAGACACCACGAUCGACACAGAAAACCGUCUUCGAUAUCUGAGAAUAUGAUGCACGGUGGCAGUUUGGAUAAUCUUGCCAAAGAAGAAUUGUUUUUAGAAUCCACCCAUUGUUUAGUCAAUAAGAUGAAGAAGGUUAGCGCGAGACAAAGAGAAGGGGGGAGUUUGCCUUGUGACGUAAACGCUAGCGUGAUCACUCCCAGUAAUCUCCCAUUUAUCAAGGAGGCUAAAAAAAGUCAGGCUGCUGUGAAAGAUAAAGAAUAUACCGCUAUAGAUAUUGAGUCUUCCGAAUCGCAAAGACUUCUGGAUCAUGAUGUUUUAGCACAGAAUUAUCAAGAAUCACAAGAAAUUACCAUUGUUCCUAGGUACACCUCGAAAGCUACAUUACAGAUAUCCGCAACGCCAGUCGAUGAAGCUAUCGCCUUGGAUUUGGAUAACGUUGCCGAAAAGAAAAUUCAAGAGUCUAAUAAUCUGGAAAACAAGUUUAUGAAUAGCAAAUACAGUGUAUUUAUACCAACGUAUAGAAGUACAGACGAUAGGAAAGUUGAUGAAAAUGGAAACGCUCUUCACCAAAAUACAAAAGCUAAGAAAAAGAAGAUUCAAACAGACAAAAACGUUGUCGUUCUCACUGCAGAAAGUGUUGAAGGUCAUCGUGGUGAUAUAAUUGAUGAUGUAGAUAAACUAAUUCAAUUCAUAGGGGGCGAGAAAAAUGAAACUUCAACUAAAACUGCAAAAUCCAAUGUCAACAAAUCAAAACAGCUCCAUAAACAGCAUGCUUCUGAAGACUCUGGUCGCGGUGGAAAUAAUAGUAACAGUAAAAAACAAAGGGCGCAUUCUUCUAAGGGCAAAGAAUCCAGAUCUGAAAUUAAGAAGAGUAAUUCUUUGGGCGAAAUAUCCACAGCGAAAUUAGAUGAUUUCACGUUUUUUACUACAGAAGAAGGUGAAGAAAAUAAAGUAGUUUUAAGAGGAAAUAAAAACCAAACUGAUAGGCCGAAGGAGAGGCGAUCUUGGGGUAAUGUAGAGCCUCCAUUUCAGACGCUAUCGAGUAACGCUUCUACUGAAAACUUAGAAACUGCUGAAAAUUGGGUAGUCUCUAAAACCAAGAAGAAAAGCAAGAAACGCCGCAAUAGUAUCAGCAGUAGCAGCAGUCGACGCCUACCGUCAACGUCCGAUUCUAGCGCUAAACAGCAUUUAAAUCGUGCCCCAUCUCCAAGUUGUCAUGGAAAAUCAACAUUUUCAGUACCUCACAGCGAAAAAUCUGAUUCUUCAGAUGCAGAUUCAGUACAUUCUUUACCAAUAGAUAGUGUUAACGUUCCAACAUCGUACGCCGAUAUAGCUAAGAACGCGGAAAAAGUUAAAGAUAAGAAAAAUUCACCUGAAAAAAUCGAAAAAGUGCCAAAUAAGGAGAAAUCUCCGAAAUUAGAUAUCGAAUUUACGUGUAAAAGAGAAAAGGCACAUUUAAAUAACACAGUUGGUAUUAAAAAUCCUCUCAACCAUGUUAAAUCAUCACCCGAUUUCCACGGAGCAAAGAAUUAUCCCACAAUAACAGUCGAUUCCCAAAAAAGUGUUCAAUUACCCGAUUUAAGCGAUACGAGAAGUUUUCCCGCGAUGCACGUUGAAGUGACAAAUGUAAAGAGUCCACCAAUAAGCGAUUCGCACUUAUCGAAUUGUCCCGCAUUUCCGCCCGACGUCAACGAUACGAAAUCAUUUCCUGCUAUGCCAACAGAUAGUGCAGUAAAGGGAAGAAUUUUUUCUACGGGAUCAGACUUUAAUAAUACAAAAGCUUGUCCGUCUAUUAUCAGUAGUAAUACUAAUAAUAGUAAUAAUAGGUCAUUAAGUAUAGACAAAACGAACGUUAAGAAUAUAUCGAUGAGUGGUAAAGUGAGAAAUGUGUCUCCUGGUACAAAGGUUCUAUCAACUAAACCAAACUGUAAUAGCACUAUUAACAUUAGAGACGCUGAUUCUCAGAAUGGAGUAUAUAAUGAUAUUCAAAACGAUUUAUCGAUACUUCAUUCAAAUGAAAAAGAAUCUAUCCAGUAUAAUGCCCAGAGACUGCCUCCGAAUAUCCCAGACGUCCAAACUAUCGAAAAAAUUCAUUUUAUGCAAUGCCGUUCACAACCGCCACCAUCACUACCGCAAAAUAAACCAAAUCGACAUUUAUUAUCUUCACCGCUAGUGAACGCCAACACACCAAACUAUCUUCACGCCUCCAAUCAAUUAGAAUCUAAUCAGGUAUCCGUGGACUCCGUGAAAUCACCAUCUGGCAACAAAAAAUUAGACUGUGAUAUGGGUGAUCGAACGAUGAUCGGUGAAAGCAAUAGUAGAAGUAGAGAAAACCAAGAAGAAGAAGAAGAAGAGGGACUACCUCCAGUAGUGAUAUUAAGCGGUAUUGGAAAUAAGGAAGUUACGGGUCUUGUUUUCGGUUUUGACGUAAAUGAACAAUUGUUAAAUGAUGACAUUUGCGAUAAUUUCAUAGCAAGGUUCGUACCACCGGAAGGAUAUACACAUACAUCGCAUAAUCAUGAUAAGAUUGUCAACUUCAUCGGAUCAACGUGGGAUGCUUUUGCCAACCAGUCCAAUGGUAAAGUGCUGUGGUACAAGGAGGAAUCUUAAUCGUGGGGAAAGUGAUUGUGUGCUAUUUGUUUAACAAUCAUUGAGGUACUAGUCAAAUAAUCAUUACAUUAAAAAGAACUAAAAACGAAUUUCCAAAUCUAAUGAAUGAAAUAUGUAAAUGUUUAGUGAAAUUAUGGACACGGUCGUGACGAGAACUCAAAUAUGAAAAAAAAAGACUGGACUUUAACAGCAAAUGUAUAAAAAAUAAUGUCAUCGGGAGCAAAAAUAUUGUGUCGUAGUAGGAAAUCUCGAAUUUUCCACAUUAGAAAGAACUCAACAGUUUCAGCAAUAUUACGAAACAGUUAACAGGGGUGGUUCCGGGAUGUCAUUUUAGGGUAUUUAAAAAAAUUAUCAUUUUUCUUUAUCAGAAACGUAUAUUUGAUAUAACAUAAAUGACGUAUAACUAUAGAUAUUAACUUUUAUACAAUUUUGUGAAUAAAAGAAAAUUUCUACUUCUAAUGUUUUUUUUUUUUCGUUCUGAAAAAAUUUUUAGAUUAUCGUUUAGUACCACUAUAUCCAUAUUGUCUAGUGCUGGUAACCACUGUGUUUAUUAUUUAGUGUUAUCGUUAAAACGAACAAUAAUAUCAAUUUAAUCAUAUUUACAAUAUUUGAAUUCGAAAAUUACUUUUCAUAAGAUUUACUAUAAUUAUCGUUACGUUUACGAUUUUCUUUGAAAUAUACUUUUCUGAUACUCAAGAAGAACAAUUAUAAUUUAUUUCUGAGCUUUCAACGUAUCCGCCCUAAGUCGAAUCUGACAUUUCGGGGCCAUACAAAGCGUUAUUUAUUAAUUAACUAAUUGUUGACACCAAAGUGUUGCCAAUAUCUUCAAAAAUAACUAUUUUUUUUAAUGCUCGGUGUUAUCCCAGCAUGGUUUUGUGCCUGUAUUUGGGGUGUAUGUAAAACGAUUUUUUUAAAUUAUUUUGUGAAAUGGAGGUAAUACAGUUUGUUCCAGCAAAUAAUGUACAUUGAGGUUAAUUAUAUAUUCCGAAAUUUGUUAUUUUAAAACAAAAUGAAUUUGUCUAUUAUUUGCAUUCUCAAACUAUUUCAUUCCUUAUGAAAUGAUAUUAUUUUCCUCCCCUAUAUUUAUUUUUCUUUCACAUAUCAAGAGUCGUUAGUGAUUGAAGUAAUCAUUUAAUUUUUCUGUUAACAUGUUUCUAUGUAAUUGUUUCCAUAUUCGUUAAUUUAUGUAGCGUACCUCGUUAAAUAUUUGAACUAUUUGUAGUUGAGGGAAUCGAGGGUUAAUUGUAAAUGCUAAACUAAAAAAAUAUUUUUUUUUUGGCUUUAAUCAAAUUUAAAACAAGAUGAUACAAUAUAUUAUAUGAAAUACUGGACUUUAUAUUCACUUUACUACUUACAAUGGUACUGUCUGAUGCGUUUCGAUAACCAAGUUAUCGUCUUCAGAGACUGAGGAUAGAUAACGUAAUUAUGUGUGUUGGUGUAAUAUUAUUUCAAAUUGCAAAUUUUGGAAUAGAGUUUUUCAUUUUUUUUAGUCAGUUGGUGAAAUUAUGGAACAUUCUGUAUUAUACCAACAAGCAGUGUUUGCAUAGGAUAAUAGUUGUCUGAAAUACACAAUCAAAAACUGAAAAUCCUAUCGAGAAAAUAUCUUGUUAAUUUAUUUAAAAAAUUUUAUUAUAUUUUAGGAAUUACCAAUUUGUAAAAUAAAAUGGCUGUUUAGAGAUAUGAGAAAAAUGGUUCCAAAUGCUUCACAUCGUAACAAUAAUUAAAUAAUGUGUCUUGUCAUAUAAAUGUAUUUUGUUUUAUUUAAUAAUAUAUUAAAUGACAUUUGGGACUGUUUUUGUUUUAAAUGGUAGAAGUGAUAAAAAGUGUUUGAAUUACCUUUUUUAGGACAAUGGGGAUGAAAAAUAGAUACUCUGUUUGUUCGAAAUAAAAGUGUAGGAUAAAAUACUUAUAUUUUUGACGGUGAUAAUAUUUUAUAUUUUUUUCCUAUUUUCAUUUGUGAAGAUUUUUUUUUGAAAAUGAAGUAAAUAAAAAUAUAAAUAUGUAAAAAUUUAUAAUAGGAGAAAAUAUGCUAAUAAUGUGUGUAUGCUUCUUUCUUUUCUGAAAAAAAAAAUAUAUAUAUAUAUAUAUAUAUAGCACUUGCUAAUUUUUAAUAAGAGCCAUUUGAAAAUUAGUAUUUGCAACAUACUGUUGGGAUCGGAAAUAAUGUAUGCCCCCUUCUGUAUUGUAUUUUAUUACACUAAUGGCCGCCUUUUAAACCAAUUGUGAACUACAAAUUUAAAUUUCUAUGUAUCUCAAUAAGAACUACUUUUUGAGACUACUAUUUUUCCAAAAUAAUAUUUUUGUUUCUAUAGAUCAGUUAUUCCACAACAAUUUAUGAAAUACCCUAUUUUUCUAUGGUCUACCAAUUUUUCAUUAUCUUAUUAAUAGUUUCGUACAAAAAUAAAGGGAUUUAAUGAUCCUUUGUUUGAUUUUUUGUUAUUUUAUGUUGUUAUUUUUAAAAAUUUUUUAAUCUACAAAAAAUAGCAUUUUUUUAUUAUAUUGGUACCACUAUUUGGGUACUUACCAAUUUUGUCAACUAGAUAGUAUAUAAAAGAAAACAAUUAAAAGUGUAUUGAAUAACAAUUGCCAUUUUUGGUAAUUAUAUAGAUUAGGUUACACCCUUUCCGAAAGAAAAACUUAGUUUUUCAAUUUUGAAGUUCUGGAAAAACAAAAAUAUUUUAUAUAAUGAUGACAUCUUGUGUCAUAACAUUUGCAGAGAAUUUGGUCUAGUAUGUUGAACAAUUUUACCAAAGUAUAUAGGGUGAUUCCAAAUUUAUGAUCGAAUCAAAUGUUAUUAAUAAAUUUAUUCCUUCCGUUAUAUAUUAAAUUAUUACUUUAAAAUCAUUCGGUUUAUUGGUGUAUAAAUGUUCUGUAUAAUUACUACAUCUCGAUUGGAAAAUGUUAAUUUUUUAGUUUUAGUGGAAUGGUCCUCUAACUACUAACCAAUUCAGCUUGGAACAAUAUAAAAAAAAUGAAAAUUCGGCGUUUCUCUAGUCAGAAGACCACCAAAAAGAUAGUACCUAGUCAUACUAUAUACACAGAUGUAGGUCCUUUCCAUUUGUAAUAAAUGAAAUCCUGUUUGGCCACUAAAGUUGAUUGCAUUAUCAAAAGAAAAUUGUGCUGGGAUCUUUUUGCAAUGUUCUAAAAAAGCUUGAAGCUGCAUUUGCCAUUUUAAAAUUUUUUUUUGUAAAAAAAAUUUGCUCAAAAUGUGCAAUGGUGUAAUCAUGUGUAUUAUGCAAUCAUAGUAUUUGGAAAUAUGGAAAAUCAUAAAAUUGUAUUUUUUUUCUGGAAUUUUUUCGACAUAUUGCAAAAAUAUUAAAUACCACAACGGAAUUUUUGUUUUUAUUUGACGCAAAAUAACUUAGGUGACCAAAAUACAUUUGGACUUAUUUUUCAUAAAAAAUUCUAAAACUUCGGCACAACGUUUUUAACGUUAUUGUAGACACGAUUGUAUAAGAUUUAGAAUCUGGAACACCAGACUUUGAAUUUAGUGCCAUGAAAGUGGUUCUAUACAUUUAAUUUUAGGGUUGAUUGUUGUGUUAAACGGUGGUCAUUGUUCUAAGUUUGUCAUAUCAUGACAAUUUUUCAUAUUAACAAAAGAAUUAUAUUAAAAAAAUGUGGUAUUAAGUAAAGCAUACAUUAUUACUGAUCCACCCUAUAAAUAUAUAUAUAUAUAUAUAUAUAUAUAUAUAUAUAUAUAUAUAUAUAUAUAUAUAUAUAUAUAUAUAACCUAAAAGUUUAUAAUCUAGAUGGAUUUAUUUUAAAACUCGGUAUGUUUCUGUUAAAAAUCUAAUAAAAAAAAUGUAUAUGUAGGAUUAAUUUGAGGAAUUAGUUAGGUCAAUUACGGUUAUUUUAAAAAAUGUAUACAUUAUGCUCUGUACUGCUAUAGUUUUAUUGCUGUAUGAGAUUUUUACUUUUUUUAAAUUCACAACACCUCAUAUGAAUCUGUAUUAUCAACUAAAUUAUGGAUAAAAUCAUUUUAGAGACACAUUAUUUAUCUUAAAUUUAAUUUAUUUUGUUAUUUCAUCAUUUAAUCAUUUUAUUGUGUACUACAGUGAAAGUGUUGCACAAUGUAAUUUCACUUUACCAUAAGGAUCAUUGAAAAUUUUGUUGAUCAGAAUCAUUUUUCUUGUAACAAAUUUUAAUAUGAAUCGGCCAUUUGAAGAAAAACAUCAUUUCCAAAAAAAGUAAACUGUCGUUAAAUCGAAAAAUUUUAACACAAAAUUGGAGAUGUGCUGUUUCUCAAAUGACUGACUAAACGAUAUGUUCAGGUAUGAAAUAAAAGGUAAAACAAUUCAAAUUAUUAAUGAAAAUUAGUAUUUUAUUUUUUAAAUAAUAUAUAUACAUUUUCCAAACUUUAGUUCUUAAAUUAAUGUCAUCCAUAUCGAUAGUUGGCCUCUCAUAAAUUUUUGAAUAAAAUUCACCAACAAAAUCAACAGGUUCUACUUUAUUGAGGUUAUUGCUUAAUUUGAUGGGUACGCCUUUUUGAGGUUAGGCACUAAUUGUUGGAGCUCUGAUAAAUCAAUUCCUGGUUUUUCAAGUCAUAAAUUUGUUAAUUGAGGCCACCAAUAUUUUUUACAUAACAAUAUUUUUUUACUUUAACGUGACCUACUACAAGAUUAAACAAACUAUAAAAGUUGAAAUGCUGAAUUUCUGCUGCAAUCUUCACUGACAAUUUAUAUUCAACCCAAUUUUGGCCAAAAAUGAACAAAUUAAAAUAAUAUAUUUGGCGUGGAACAUUUUUUUGGUGAAUAAGUAAAAUUUAAUUGAUGGAUAUUUCCAGUCAUUUCCAUAACAGAAAAUUUUACAGGAAAACAUAUUUUGUAGACUAAUAGAAUCUCCGGAAAGGGUAGGGAGGAGAAAAUUCAAAAUAUUCGGCUGGUUUCGCAUACCAUUUUGAAGUUGGUAGAUAUUGCAACAAACCAAAGCAUAAAUAACGAGCCAAAAAAACACAUUUUCGCACAUAAAGUUCUACAAAGAUUGUUCCAAUCUCUUCUAUAAUGUUUUGUCAGUAUGUUUCACACAUCACGCAGUUUUGGUGACUUCAUCACAGUACCUUUAGCUGCACCUCCUAUUUUCAGCUACAAUGUUAUUUUCUUCAACUUUUUUCUUAUUUCACCGAAAACUCUUUCUGAAGGGAUGAACGAUUGUCCAGGAUUUAGAAACUUGUCAUUAGUGCUGUAUAAAACAUGAAACAUAUCAUGCAAACAUGGUUCUUCAACACUACAUCAGGAAAUGAGAUGAUAAUAACCUUUAAACUUUCUCGUGGUUCCUUUUCCAUGUAACUGGAUUCCUUUCCUGCUUCUUUGCUAAUUAAAUUACUGCCAAGUGUAUGUAGCCGAUUUUGCAGUACAUUGAAGUUUUUUAGCCCAUAAAACUCGUGGAUUUGACCUAAGGUGUUUUGUUGCCAAUGGAUGGAAAUGUUAGUAAAGGACUCAAUAUAAUCGAAAAUAACUGAUGGUAUAUGGCUAGGGUAGGAAUUAGUACUUGAUGACAUUUAGAAUCCAUAGAACAAUUUCAUCUUUUUAUUUUUUGUAUGAAUUGUGAUUAUAAUUAUAGUAGAAAACUUAAUUAUUAAAAAAAUCUGCGGUUCGAUUGAAAUUGGUUACACCUUGCCAGACCACGCCGAUUAUCGUUUAGUGCGAUUUAGAUGUUGAAAGCUCUAAAUUCUCUGUAAACUACGCCUUACUGUAGUCACGGCAGUGAAUGUGUUAAUUUAUAAAAUAUCUUCGAACAUUCAAUUUGAAAGAGACCUCAUAAAUAUUGUAGAUAACUUGUAUAUCCCAUGGAAUAAAGGUAGGUAUACAUUUUUGAAAAGAAAAUCCGUUAAGACGACAUUUGUAAAAUAUUAGAUAAUGUAUAUAAACGAUUUUUUUAACCACUAAUCUGGAAAUUAUUUCUAAAAUAAAAUAGAACAGAAACAUACUGCAAAAAGCUUUGAAUAUAAAUAAUAGAUAUCACUGUUAAAGCUAGAUCUUUAACUAUGUUUAUUUAUUGAUAUAAAUAGGUACGUCAGAUAAUAUUACGGCGUUAUGCAAUUUGUUUCUUAUAUUCAAAUUGCAUUAACCAUGAAGAAUGUUCGCCUUGUUUAAAAUCCCGAAGAGAUACCCACCAUUUUGUAAACGUAUUUCAAGACGAAAUUUUAUUAUAUUUCUACUAAUUUCAAAACCUCUAACCCCAUUGUUAUGAAAGAUAAAUUCAAAAGGAAAUUAAUACUUUUAAUUAGUUUUUUCAACCGUAUACGAGUCUCAUUUUAUAUAAUCUAAAUGAAAUUUAAUUACGAAUGGCGUUGUUGGUUUAGGAAAACUGUUCAAGAGUUUUUUUAAAUGCUUAAAUACUGUUUUAGUUUUUAGGUAAAAUUUUGUUAACCCUCUGAUAGUUUCUUACCGUAUUAUCAAAGUUUGGAAUAAAAUUUUUAUUGUUCAGUACACUGGAACACUAGAUUUGAUUUUACGUUGAAUUUAUUUGUUGCUAAUAAAAUGAAAUUUUCUUUCUAUCUAACCCUCUCCUACCUGUUAUCUUGCCUUCCACGAUAGCUGUAGCAAGCCUAGAUAGGACGCUUUUCUUUUCUCCAAUAGUUACAAGCAAUUCUAAAUCUAGCCAUUCGUCUCAGUACCUCCGUAUUGGUUACUCGAUCAGUCCAAGGUAUUCUUAAAAUGCGUCUAUACAGCCACAUUUCAAAAGCUUCUAAUUUUUGCAUUGUUUUAAUGUCCACCCUUUUCACACUAUACCAAUCAGCUCGGAGGGUACGUCGCCAUCUGGUACCAAUGUUAGGUUGCGGUUGCUCAAGAGCUUUCUCAUGUUUAUGAAUGUGGAUCUGAAGUAUUUGACUCUCUCAAUGGGACCCGUUUCUACAUACAGAUCUACAUUUUGCAUUUAUUCCUUACUAAUCACCAUAAAUUUGGUUUUCUUUCUGUUGAUCCUAAGACCAGCUUUUGUAGCGCAUAGCGGAGUUUGUUGAUUUGUACACCGUUAAUUUUGAUGCCCUUCCAGUGCCUUUAUCGAGUCCUUUUUGUUGAUCUAGUUAUUUUUGAGGGGUUCCCGUGUCCUAUAGCCGCAUCUAAAUUCAAACUUUGUAUGAGCUCUUCUAAUUUUGUUCUUAUUCUGGAAUAAAAAAUGUUAAGAAUACCUUCAAGGUGUAUCAUUAACCGAUAUUCGUUGCACUUUUUGGGGUUUGCUUUUUUAGGGAGUGUUUAAAUGUAGAUUCCAACCAGUAGGAUGUCGUAGAUCUUAUUAAACAGGUUUAACACGAUAUUUAGAUUAAUCUACAGGGAAGCAUUCAUUUUUCAAAGUUGUAGCAGGUCUUGGGGCCAUUUCUACGUAGUCUUCUCGUACGAACCGUUAUUCUAUUAGCUCGUUGUCAUGGUUAGGUUAUGUCAUGAAUGUCAUGUUGUAGGGAUUGUGGAAAUCAGCGUGAAGGGUAUGAUUACUGAUUUACCAUGGAGAAUCUGCAUGGUCUCUUGGUAUUUUUGAUUGAAACCUUUGAUAUGCAUCCCCAGAGUCGGAUCUCAUAUAACCAUAUCAGGUUUAAGAUUGAUUUGUAUAUCGGCAAUUUGUGUUAUUGAAAAUUUUGAUUUCCGUCCGAGGAGCAUUGAAAAAACUAGUUAACCAAAUAAAAGUAUCAAUUAUUUUGUUUUUCGAUUAUUUUAACAGUGAAAAUAUUGACAAUUAUAGAAAAAUUUGAUUUUUAAAACAUUGUAUAUUUUUUCAAUUUUGAUAAUAUGUAAUAUUGAAUUAUAAAAAUUUGGAAAAUUUUGUCUUGCAAUAACACAAAAAAUUGGUAGUUGGUCUUUUGGGCUAUUUGUAAAAUAGUUGUAAUAUCUAAUUAUGGAUUACAAAAACGUCAUUUUAGUUUUUCAAAUAUGGCUGAAAUAGUUAUUUUUGAAAAUUUAGACGGAUCUAGGUGAACCUAUUGCUAGAUUUUAUAUAUACAGGUAUUUUUUUCAAAUUGUAAAUUGUUGAAAUAUCAUAUUGUUAACUCAUUUAGGUUUCUAGAUAUCAAGGCUAUUGUUACAAAGCUUGGUAAACUAUGAUUGGUAGAAAAUUGAGGGGUAAACGAUUUUAUUUAUAUUACAUUUUAAUGAAUAAAUAAUUUUGGUGAUGAAAAAUAAAAUGAGACAUAUAAAUCUAGCCUCAUACGUCCAUUUUUGAACGUAGGCCUACCUUUCCUUUCCUCGUACUUCUCCAUCUUUGAAUAGUGGCGUUCAUUCUGGCCCGUUUGUCCAAUGGACUCCACCUUUUCCUCUUAUAGUACCAAGAUCUCCAGUUGAUCAACAUCUUAUUCCAUCAUUCGUCUUCUGCCACCUCUCUUCGAGACACCACUUACAUUUUGUUAUCACGGAUCCAGUUUUCUUCACCAGUCUGCUAAUUUGAUGUUUUGAUUAUAAUUGUUUUCCUUAUUUUUAUCGACGUUUUACUUUGUGAAUAUUUUUUUUUCAGCCUUACAUAAUAACAGAGUUCCGCAAGAAACUCUUACUAGAAAAAAUAUUGUAUCAAUUAGUUCUAGCCUUAUACUUCCAUUUUUGAACAUAAGCCUCCCUUUCAUUUCAUCCUACUUCUCCAUCUUUGAAGAGUGGCGUCCAUUCAUUUGUCCAAUAGACUUCACCUUUUUCUCUUAUAGUACCAAGAUCUCCAGUUGAUCAAUAUCUUAUUACAUCAGUCUUCUGUUGUCUUAAGGUAUGUCCUUCGAAUUUCCUUUGCCUUCUCUCUUCGAUACACCAUUUAAAUUUUGUUAUGACGGAUCUAGUUAUUGCUUCACCAGUCAAAUUUGAUAUUUUGAAGAUGAUUGUUUUUCUUAUCAAUUAUUUAAAUUAAUAUCCAGUUUUUCAGCCGUAUGUAAUGACAAGGAUUUGCUAAAAACAAUUGUUUUUGGUAUUGAGGGUAUUUUUUAAUUCUUUAUAUAUUUCAUAGCUCUCCGAUUGGGGUCCAAGUCAAUCUUAUUGUACUUUUUAUUCCCUCGACAAUUUUUGUCCAAUAAAUUAUUUUUUUAAUAUUUAAUAUUGAAAUUUUCCAUUUAUAGUUAUAUUGUUUGACAUUUGAUCUCUUUAUGACAGGUAACAAAAUGUGCAUGACACGUUCGUAGAGUUAUUCGGUCCAACAGUAGAAUUUUCUUGUGUUGAAAUUCUAUUUUUUCCUACCAUCAUAUCUUCCGUUUAAGUACUUUCUAUUUCUGUCCUGUGUGUUACUGAUUCAUCAACAUACCCUUCAGCGACCGUUAAUGACUUCCAACCUCCAUGUCUUUAGUGUCUUCAAGUUUCCACCAGAUUCCAAUAAAAGUAUAGCAGAAGAAAUUAAUAACCUUUAUAUGAGUUAACAUUUUCAAGUUGAAGAAAAUUGGCUCUUAUAGGUUCUUACCCACAAUCUGAUUGAUGACACAUUUUUUAUAUUCUCAAUUUUAGCUUUCAGAAGACAAUACAACGUCUAGUUCAUUUUUUCCCUCGUAUAAUAAUUAAUUAUUAAAUUAUGAACACCCUAGGUAGAUAAAUUUUUGGUUUCUGUACCGUUUUAUUGAUUUAAAUAAAUAAAUUUAAAUUGUGAACGCCCAAGGUUAAUACAUUUUUGGUUUUUGUACAAUUUUAUUGAUUCAAAUAAAUAAAUUUAAAUUUUGAACACCCAAGGUAAAUAAAUUUUUGGUUUUUGUACAAUUUUAUUGAUUUAAAUAAAUAAAUUUAAAUUGUGAACACCCAAGGUAAAUAAAUUUUUGGUUUUUGUAAGGUUUUAUUGAUUUAAAUAAAUAAAUUUAAAUUGUGAGAAUAUUACCUUCUUUUUAGAAAUAUAUUUAAAUUGUGAGAAUAUUACCUUCUUUUUAGAAAUAUAUUUAACAGGUAAAGUUAAAUUUUCGAUUUAAUACCGGUCAUUAAUAUUUGUAAAGUGUAUAUACAGGGUAGGAAACGUCUCAAUUUUCUACAUAAAAUUCUAAUUUGCUCUAAUUGCAUUUGAAGUGUACUUACAAACAUUUCAAAUUCGAAAUGCAAACGUUGUAAAUCAUCUUUAUAUAAAAUAAUUUAUUCAAAAGUUACAAAAUUGCAAUAUUAAAAAAAUUUAAACACCUCUAUUUGACAUUACUUAUUGAUAUACUACAUAUUAUGAAGAUUAUACAAGUCUGCAAAAUAAACUGUUUUGGUUUGAACGCAUUUUUUUUAAAUAUUGAUCAAAGCAAUGAAAAAAAAAAUUGACAAAAUUUGAACUCUUCAUAUUAACAUUAACAGAUGCCUAUUUGAAAAUUUCUAUUCCUUCCCCAUUUAAAUUCAAGUACUUUAAUUAUAGUUUAUGGAAAAGUUUUGUUAACGAAAAAAUAAAUUCAAAAUAUGUUACCAAAAAACCUUCGACGUUAUAUUAUAAAAUAUGUCGUACACUUCAUAAAACACGUUUUUUUCUUAUUUUGAAAUGAUAAUUUCGAAGUAGGGUACAAAUUUGAGUUCUGUGGCCCUUUUCAAAUCCCUCACUAUAAUCCCACCACAAUGCACCCAUACCUUUCACCACACCACUUACCACACUCUCACCACAACCCCUUUACAUCCCACCACACUCCCACCAUAAGCCCUUUACAUCCCACCACACCACCUACCACACUCCCACCAUAAGCCCUUUACAUCCCACCAUAACCCCACCCACCUCACCAUUUAUUCGUAGUGAGGCUUCUUGUUGUUGCUCAAAAAUGAUCAUAUGACCUCUUGAAUGGUUUCUUUGAGGUUUCGUGGUGGUUGUGAUGAAUUGAGGAGCAGCCAUGAGUUGUUCAAUAUCUUUAACGUUGCCUCCGAGAGAUGUGGAAGCUUUGGUGUCAAGUAUUUAAACCGAUUUCACGAUUUAUUCGUACUUAGACUAUUUGUUGUUGCCUAAAAAUUGCUAUAUGACCUUUUAAAAGAUAAUUUUCCAUUCUUUGAGUUGUCGUCAUAGUUGUAUUGGAGCAGCCUUAAGUCGUUCUUUAACGUUGCCUCCGAGGGAUCUGGGAGCUUUGGUGUUGGGUAUUUGAGGCAAUUUCCAUGCCUUGGAAGCGACUUGUUUCAUCAAUCUAAACUGUGGUAUAAGAAUUUUAUAAGGAGACCUCAAAGUUUCACAUGGAACGUUCUGUUCGCCAACUUAAAGCUCCUUCUGAGGCAACACUUUUUGAUCCAGCUCUACUAUCCCGAAAGCAAGGGAAUUUGCUAAACGUACAUUGUUGUCCGAGCAACGUGACGAGAUUUUUAAAUCACCACGCACUUGCCAAUUGUGGUCUUUAUAUUUUAAUUUUCAAAAAACCAAUUCCAAGGUUUCUUUGAGGUAUACAGGAAAACCAAGGAGGGUUGCACACGGUAAAAGUAAGUUCUUGCUUCUGAUUCUUGAUUCAAACACCUCAGUAGUAUAUUUAGGGAGAUUUAAGUCUCUUUUCAAAUCGUUUAGCUCACCCCAAGAAAAUAAUUUCUGACCGCUAUCAUCUUCUAAUUCCAAACUCGAUUGGUCAUUGGGGUUAGAUACAGCACCAUCUUCACAAGAAUCCUGAUCUUAAAGUUUUAGACCAAAGUCUAUAAUAUUGUGUCAAACAUUUUGAUGACUUCCUAGUAUUUUUCUGUCUUCUGGAAAGGCUUUGUCUUGAAAAAAUCAUCGGUAGUAGAUGCAUAGUUUGUUCUUCGAUGUUCACCAAAGACCUAACAGAGUAGACCAGAUCUGAUUAAAUGACAUUUCUUCGGUCUAAAUUUCUAAGUACAGAAAAAAGGUUUCGUCAAAGGUUAAGUAUUUUCCAUCAGCCUUUAUAGUGAUUGACAAACUGCAACUCGUUGAACUUCUAUAGACAGUUUCCGGUUGUCCGGUCUUGUCUUUAUCUUUCCAGAGUUGAGAACCAUCAUAAAUCUACUAGAGUAUCCAAGGCGUUAUCAAUUAUUGGCAGUGUGUAGCUGGUGGUUUUGGUCAAAUCAUUCAGCUUCAUCAUUCUUUCUUACUUUUCAGGGAUUUACUUUUUAUUGGAAAGGAACUCGUUGUGAUGAACAGUGUAGUAGACAAUGAAAAUCUGCUGUGAUUUAGUUAAUUAAAAAUAUAUUUUGAAUGCUUGAAUUUUAAGUAUUAGAAAAUUAUUUUUUUUAAUAUGUAGUAUAUCGAUAAAUUAACAUUUAAUUUUGUAGUUGGGGAAUAGUAAUUUGUUCGAAAAGUUAAUAAUUUGAACUUGUAAACAUAAAAUCAUUUUUGGUCAAUUAUUUAAUCUUAAAUGCUGUAAUUUGAAAAUUGAUAAUCAAUUCUGAUGAUGGUAUGUAAUGAAAUAAGAAACUGUCGAGAAUUGAUAACAGAAAAAUAAUACUAAAAACUUUAUAACUACCAGUUAAUAUUGUUACAGAAUCAAAUUUUUAUUAACAAAUAGAAUUUAAUGCAUUUCGAAUUUUUAAUUGAUUUAUCGGUCACUUAUCUAUAUCUAAAGCCUUGAUGUAAAAUCAUCCGACUAAUUUGUAACAUAGUUGUUGUUUAUUUUGUUGUUUUCCUUUUAAAUUCGCUUUUGGUUAUUUUUUAUUUUAUUUCUAUUAAUAAAUAAGAAAAAAAAAUCUGUCAUGGGUUAUUUCUUAGAAAUUUUUAAUUAUUUUUACAUGAGAGAAAAAUUAGUGGCUAAACAGUGUAUUCCCCAAUAUGUAUAAGUAUUGAAACGUUUCUUUUGCAGCUCUAGAAGAUCAAUCACACUCUAGUGUAGUUAUUACUCUUAGCGCAAUUCCAUUGGGACAAUCUGUAGUACCCUACAGCUAGUGUUUUCCUAUUUGUAUAUUUUGCGACUACAUAUUUUAAUAGAACAAUUUUUCAACCUCCGGUAUCUUCAGUUUACAAAAAAAUCAUUCCAGGAGGACAUAUCCAGUCACCAUAUAGAUUUAGUGGGCAAACAUUGCGUUCUCUAACUGUCAUCUGUCUAUAUCCUGCUUCUCCUGUAUUUUCUUUUCCCUCUUUCUAGCUUCUUCGUAGUCUUCCUCUUCUCCUUUUUCCACUUCAGGACUCAGUUCUUUGACAUUAUAUGUACAUGAUUAUACCAGAUUAGCUGUUCGGUUUUUAUGCCAUCAAUUAACCUAUGUCUGACUUCCAUUAUUUUCCAGCUGCUUUAUAAUAUUCCAUUCAUCAUAUAUACAGUUUUCUUACCCUGUAAAUUUCUCAAAUAAUUGUAUUCCUUGCAGUAUUUCUAUUCCGUCCUUCAGGUAGAUGUCUUGUUCUGUUCCUCCCUUGUUUUAAAACUUUUAUGGCUGCAAAUCCAUCAGAAAAGUCCCCCGCUUUGGUUUAAUUUUUACCAUACUCUUUUCGUAUGAUCGUUGACUGCUUUUAUUAACCGGUUUAUGAUGUUUGUUUUGUUUCGGCGUUUGAAAGAGACACAUUGCCAUAUGCCUUUUGAAGAUCCACAUAUAAUAAAUGGAUUUCUUGUUCUGUUGCAGUUUUUUUGAUGAACUGUUGAAACCUCCGCCUCGAGGACCUUAUAUUCUUUUUCGAUUUUGGUUUGGAUUUAGAAAUUUUUUAUUAUAAAACUGAGUAUGAACAAUAACAAAAUAAUUAAAAAUGACUUUCUGCUAUAGUUUUUUUGGGAGUUUCUUUUAUCUUACCCCAAUUUUAAUCUCCUAAAGUAUUUUCGUCCUAAAAUUUUUCAAAAAUCUUCUCUGUAAAUUAAUUCAAAUAUUAGUGCAGGAAAUGAUUUUUUAAUGACAAUCACUUUUAUUUAAUAAUUUUUUUUAAAAAUGUCAGUUUUAUCAUCUUUAUAAAUUUCACAAAAAUUCUUAGAUAACCGUUUUGAAUGAUUUCUAAGCAGUUGUUUCAUUAAUUAUGAAAGACUAUCAAACCAAAAUAUUUUAUAACUUGUGAAACAAAAAAUAUUCCAUUUAGAGUUUUCCUUUUCUAAUAUUUGGAAAUUUUUUUGCAAAUAUCGAAAUUAUUGUUUAAUGUCUUUAUUUUGUCUUGAAUAUAAACAAAUGUGGAAUUUCUGGAACCGUUGGUGAUACACCAACACUCACAUUACACUGUUUGAAUCUGAUACACGUUUCGAUAACCAAGUUAUCAUCUUCAGAGACGAUAGAAGGUAAACUAAAUGUAAUCGUGAGUAUUGGUGUAAAUAUACUACAUAAUGAUGUUCUCUCUGACCUUGUACCAUAGGCAAAAGAAAUUUUUAGAAGUAUCAACGUUGGGUCUCUUAUUCUUCUUCGUGUGGAAAAGCACCUUUGGAAAUAAAGUUUUUAACGUUAACUGUACGAAAUUAUAUGUUAGGAAGAAAUUGAAAAUUAUUUUAGAUAUUAUGGGACAAAAUAAAAAAUUGUUUAUCUAAUAUCAUGUAAUAUAUAUAAUUUGAAUUUACUGUUUUUAUAUGCUGGUGCUAAAGUUUUAACAGAUAAAGAUGAAAUAAUUAAAAAUAUUGUAUCUUUUAAAAAAUUUCUAAGAAAUAAUUUAACUUUAUUUUUGUCAAUAUUUAUUUUUCGCAACAAAUUAAUAUCGACUAAUAUAUGUUGGAAAUUACGUAGCUAGAAUUCUUUUUUCAUUUUCUGUACGAGAUAAAAAAAAUUAGCAACGAGUCGAUUUCUAAAUCAUUUCAAUUGUUAUACUUUUAAAGUUUGUUUACACAAAAUAAAAUAAUUGCUUUCUAAAUACAAA